AUGAAUCGAAAAUUUGUAAACGUUAUAAUCCUUGGAUUUGGGUUUAUGUUUGUCUUCACGGCGUUUCAAACUAUGGGAAAUAUAGAGAAAACAGUAUUAGACAGUAUAUCACACGAUGAUCCGGGAUUCACGGGAGAUGGCUACACGUCCCUGGCCAUCAUCUACGCAACGCUGGCCAUAUGUAACUGGAUGGCGCCUUCCAUCAUCACGAUCACAGGACCACGAGGAGCCAUGUUUAUUGGUGGACUGACUUAUUUGUUUUUCAUCGUGACUUUCUUGUUCCCUCGCACGUGGCUCUUGUACGUGGCGAGCGUGUUGAUUGGUGCCGGCGCAGCUGCUAUAUGGACCGGCCAGGGCAACUAUCUGACACUCAACAGCGAUGCCGAUACUAUAUCCAGGAACUCAGGAGUCUUCUGGGCUAUGUUACAGUGCAGCAUGUUUUUCGGAAAUCUUUUCGUAUUCAUUAAGUUCCAAGGCAAGACUCAGAUUGAUGCGGAGACAAGGAACGUUGUGUUCGGUGCUUUGACUGGAGUCUGCGCCGUUGGUUUGGUUUUCCUCAUGCUUCUAAGACCAGCUAAGCGCAUGCCCAACAUCGAAGAUGCCAAGGGCGAGAUAGUAACCCAUGAAGUGCAAGAAAGUCCCAUGGAUGCGUUCAAAGGCGCUUUGAAGUUGUUCUGUACCCGCGAUAUGUUGUUGCUCAGUGUUACUUUCAUUUAUACUGGCGUGGAACUGUCGUUCUUCAGUGGCGUGUACAGCCCGAGCAUUGGUUUCACACUGUCUAUGGGCGAGAAUGCUAAACAGCUGGUGGGCUUGUCAGGCGUCUUCAUUGGUAUGGGAGAAGUGCUCGGAGGUGCUCUCUUCGGUAUCCUCGGCGCAAAAACAACUCGUUGGGGUCGCGACCCGAUCGUCAUCAUGGGCUACUUCAUUCAUUUAGGCAGCUUCUUCCUAAUCUUCAUCAAUUUGCCGACGGUGGCGCCAUUUGGAGACACCAACGAGGUUUCCUACAUCACACCUUCACCGCAACUAGCGAUGUUCUGCAGUUUUCUACUAGGAUUCGGGACGCGUGCUUCAAUACUCAAAUAUACUCGAUUUUGGGAGGCAACUACUCGACAACAGUACCUCAGCUUUCGCACUGUUUAAAUUUACUCAGUCCCUAGCAGCGGCAGCAUGUUUCUUCUACUCAUCAAAGGCGCUGCUCUCCGUACAGCUGAUGAUUCUGGGCGUCCUAGCGACACUAGGUACAGCGUGCUUCUGCCGUGUUGAAUGGGCCGCUAGAGCUCGCGCACGCGCCCUAGCGAUUGACGCCGACGACAAGUCAUCACCAACCACCCACGCUCUUGCAGAUAAUGGACUUCACUACGACUGA